AUGAUCCUCGACAGUCUCCUUCCAGCACUUCUUUUCAGCACCGCUGCCCUUAGCGCUGCGAUCCCUGAUCCAGCACCCUGUCCUACGCUCCCCAGCAAUCCUACCCUGACGCAAAUCCCAAAACUACCAGACCCCUUCUCCUGGUAUCCCGCCGCGAGCGACGGCCGCGUCAGCAAUCUCGCGGAAUGGCAGUGCCGUCAAGACGAAGUCAGCACCCUGUUGCAGGAGCUCGAGCUGGGCACAAAACCUCCUGCUCCGUCCAAGGUCACUUCGUCAUUUACGUCUGGUGGCACGACGGGGACGUUGACCAUCAACGCCACCGAGGGAGACGAGAAUAUCUCCCUCAGCGUCGCGAUACAGUAUCCUUCGUCCGGCACGGGUCCGUUCCCUGCGAUUAUUGCCUACGGCGGUCUCAGCAUUCCGCUUCCGUCCGGUGUUGCUGCGAUCGUCCUCGACAACAGUGCCAUUGCGCAGCAGGACAGCACGGCCAGUCGCGGCUUGGGCCUCUUCUACCAGCUGUACGGCAAGAAUGCCGCUGCGGGAGCUCUGAUCGCGUGGGCAUGGGCGACGUCCUUGGUCAUCGACAGGCUAGAAGUGACGCCAGAGGCCAAUAUCGACGUCACCAAGAUUGGCAUCACAGGCUGCUCGCGAAACGGCAAAGGCGCUCUCGUCGCAGGGGCCUAUGACUCGCGCAUUGCGCUCACGAUCCCUCAAGAGUCUGGCUCGGGCGGCUCCGCGUGUUGGCGUCUCUCCGACGCAGAAGAAGGCGCUCCUCAGCUGGUGCAGACAGCUAGCGAAAUCGUCACGGAGAAUGUCUGGUUCUCGACUGCAUUCAACGCCUUUUCGAACCAGACGACGCUGCUCCCCUUUGACCACCACAUGCUGGCCGGGCUGAUCGCCCCGCGCGCGCUGUUCGUCAUCGACAACUCGGGAUAUCAAUGGCUGGGGCCGUGGAGUUGCUGGGGUUGCAUGACAGUCGCCCAAAAGAUAUGGGUGGCCCUGGGCGUUCCAGACAAUAUGGGCUUCUCCAUGUCCGCGAAUCAUUCUCACUGCGUCUUCCCGGACUACCAGCAGCCAGAGUUGUUUGCAUUUAUCAACAAGUUUCUGCUCGACCAGCCGGCCAAUACGUCAAUUCAGAAGGACUAUGCCAAUAUCACGUUUAAUGUCGAUGACUGGGUUACGUGGGAUGUCCCGCAGCUUGCUUGA